AUGCUGUCAUAUACUACUACUACUCUACUACUAUUUUUAAUUACUUUGGUAGUCGUAGUAGUUCAAGCCAGUCCACCGAGUUGUUUAUCUAAUAAUGGUACAUCGGUAGAUUGGUGGGUAAUAAAGAAACUACCACAAUCAAAGAUGUAUAUCUACUCUGAUAGUAAUAACGCAGUUGUUGCUAUAGAGAAUGAUAUAACGAAUCCUACGACAGGUGCACUCGCACGUACACUUUCACAAUUGAGUGUUGCCUCUGAUGGCACACUGCCAUCAUUCACAGCCUACAAUGAUAUGCCAUGGAAUGAUCUAUACGAUAUUCCAGUUGGUACAGUCAGUACGUCGAUCGCCGGAGACGUAGCAAUCAACCGAUCCCCACUACAAGGACCAAGAGGUAUUAUCGGUGUUGGUGACCCGUCCUCCCCCAACUCACCAGCAGCAGCAGGUUUUCACAUCAAACAUUCUCUGGUUGGAUUUCCAGUACCACGGUCUCCCACCUCUAGAUAUCUGAUCAAACUACCUGCGACUCAUCCGACCAACUGGUUCCCUGCCGACUACCAUCUUCCAAGUCAACAUGAUCCAGCUGUCGACGGUGACAUAUCACGUGGUCACACCUUUAUCUGUCACCGAUUUGAAGAUAUCUCAACACUUGUACCAGUUAUUAAAGCUGCCAACCCAUUCUUUUAUGCAAGCAAUCUUCUUCCAACCACUCCAUUCACCAGUCUCUACAAUAUGGUUACUAGUGCCAUCCCAACAUCCCCACCACCACCACCAACCUCUCAAUCACAGUCAAAUCCAACACUUGGCUAUUCCAUCUAUGGUUCAUUUGCUCAAUAUGCUUGGUCUCCAACAUUUCUAACUUCAAUAACUAUUCCAAAAGUAGGAGUACCUUUGCAAGGUGGAUUAUUUGAUGGUAUUACAGAGAUGAAAUUACCAAUUGAUAUUGUUCGCAAAUAUAAUGUACCAAUUGAUGUAUCACAAUGGAGCAGUGAAUUGGAUGACAGUCACUUGGCUUUUUCCAUCUCAAUUAUAGAUGCUUCUGUUUGUCUUGCCGAUUCUUCAUGCACUAAUGGAUGUAUUGUAGUUUGCUUAAACAAGAAUAUAAGAAACUUGGCAGCAUUGUUGAAGAUGUCAGCAUUUAAACAAGUCAGUGUACCAUGUACAAGUUAUUCAGAUUGUGUUCAUGAGGUACAAAUCCAACGACCAAACCAAUUCAAAGGAAAGGUGAUGAUUGAUGUUGAUGCACCAUUUGUAUUGGCUCACGUUGUACCUUUUAUCCGUGCCACUCAAGACUCGUUGAUUCGUAAUACCGUCGUACAAGUAUACAGUAAUCGUGGUGAAUGUAACCUUGAUUGUAUGAAAGCUAUUGGAGAGACUACCACAACAUCAACUAAUCCAAAGGCAUCACUUGCAUUUGACAAGUUGGGGUUCGCUGUAACCGUCCUCUUGCAAUUACAAGAUACUCAAACUGGUUUCAAGAUGGUAAAUAACAAUAACGUUGUUUUAACCGUUCCAAUGACAUCAACCAAACCGUCAGUAUAUAACCCACCAGAGUUAGACAUUACCGUCAUUAUCUACAAGACCGUCCAAUUGUUGAUCGAUACUGCAUCGAGACAUGUAGAUAUUGGUCGAUUAAAUAAUAUAGUGUUGGUAGUUGAUACUAUUGCCAACACAGCUUAUUUUAAUGGGUCUGCCAACGCACCAUUUGGUAUUGCCGUGACUGCUGGUAGCCCACAAUUAUUCUGCAUCAAUUCUUUGAUGAGAUCAUUCACGUAUCAUGUGGUCAAGACUAUCAACCCCCUGUUCCAAAGUGCUGCAUCUCCACUCUUUUCACCAUCAUCAUCGUUAGUGUCGACGAUCGACUCUACCGCCUAUCCACCACUUCUCCGAGGUCUUGUCAAUGCCAUCUCUAUGAAGUUACGAGAGUUGUCUUAUCCCACUGGACUACCUCUAUCAACCCUUGAAUCAUUUGGUGCAUCUUGUUCAGAGACUGUAGACAUUGAAUUAUUUACAACCCCAUUGACCAUUCAAACACAAGGGUUGUAUAGUGAAGGUUGGGUAACUGCCAUGUUUUGGGAUUUACUCGAUGAAAAGAAUGAUGAUUAUUCCGAUGUCUUGAAUCGUCGAUCACCAAACAAUGAUAAUAAUCAAGGCAACACUAUUCACCUCCACACCAUUUUAAAGGCUAUCAACAUAUCCACCUCUACUCCAAAUGAUACCAUUUCAUUUAUUGAUACAGUUCAUCAAGUACUCUUGUCAAACUCACAACCAAUUGAUCAUCAAGAUACUACAUCCAACCCUCAACUCCAAAUACUACAUUCUCAACGUAUUAUGAAAUACAAUAAUAUAUUUAAAUGUCAAGAUAUAUGUCCAUUAAUUUCUAAUCCUCCAGUUAUACCAUUGAAUCCAUCAAUUGGUGAUUAUUUAUUAUCAAAAAGAGUAUGUCUUGAACAAAUCGAUCAAGUUGGUUGGGAUACCCUGGGAAAGAGUUUUGCUGCAUGGACAACAGACCCAAGUACUAUUAGUAACCAGGUUUUAAGAAACCAAGGUUUAAAGUUUAUGUAUGAAGGUAGUACAUUGUCACAAUUUAUAAAUAGUAAUGAUGGAAAUGUUCAGUCGUUGUUGUCGGUUCAAGACGAUGGAUUAUGCGAGACUGUUCGUAUGAUUCAAGAGGUUAAUAGACCAGUCAGUCCAUUGGGAGCCAUAUUGAUCACUCAGAUGCUAGAGUAUCAAUCUAAUUUGGCCACUCAUUCUCAAACCUUUAAUGACUUGUCAUUAUUGUUUGUUGGUACUGUCGUCGAUCAAGAUUCAAUUGGUAUGGUCAUUGUCAAACAUAAAGACAAGUUGUGUUGGGCAACUGUACAAACAUACUCCACUUAUCUGACUGGAUCGGCACUUGAUCUAUGUGAUAGUGGACCGAUUGUAUUUACAAUGGAUGGAUUAUCAUCACCAACCGUACCACCAUCAACCUCUAGAAUAACCAUUACUGGUCGUAAACUAGUACAAGCAUCAAUCAAGAUUGGUGGAUUAGAUUGUACUGGUCAAGUGGUAACUACUGCCCCUGCUACCAAUACACCUCAUCCAUUCUUGGAAACACUUGUUUGUAAACCACCAUCUGGUAUUGGAUUACAAUUAGUAACUUACUCUAAACAAGGUUCUGGUUCUUUAAUUCCAGUAGAGAAACCUUUAAAAACCUAUACAUUUACUUAUGAUGCUCCAAUCAUUAGUAAUGUUGUACCUGCAUCUAAUACUCGAUUGAAUACCGCUGGUUCAACGGUAUCGGUUUUUGGUAGUAACUUUUUGUCACUAACCUCUGACAAAUCAUCUAUUCAAUUGUUUGAAGGACGUCUUUUAGUAACUAGUUUUACUGCUCUCCGUCAAGACCUACUUAUUUAUACUGCAUUUGGUAGUGGAAAGGAUAAUGUUUUAUCGGUGGUUGUUGCUGCAAGUCAGGUAUCAAGUCAAAACCAAUUCACAGUAUCUUAUAAUGCACCAGUCAUUCAAUCUCUAUCAUCCACAACAUCUUCAACUGCAGGCAAUGAUAUUAUUACUGUAACAGGUCUCAAUUUCGGACAGACAGGUGAAUUAUCAGUGUCUGUUGGUGGUGCUACAUGUGCCACUGAUCGUCAAAGUAACACACAAGCAACAUUCUCCACACCCCCAGGGUUUGGUUCGAAUCAACUUGUCGUUGUAACUCUAUCUGGACAAAACUCAACCCAAACAUCGUUUGUCAUCAAUUAUUUGUCACCCGUCAUCUUGCAAGUCGUCCAAGAACCAAUGCAAACGGCACAAGGUGGAUACUUUUGGGUGGUAGGUACCGAUCUUGGUCUCGGAGCAAUGUCUGACGAGGAGUACCCAAUCGUCACUAUUUUUGACAUUGUCGUUGUCGAUUGUGAGGAUGCUGCAGACUAUUGCUACUCAAACAAGAGUUUUGUUAGUACUGACGGACAGACUGAAACGACUCGUCCCACCAUCGAACUGUUUGGUGAUCAACUUGGGCAAGGUGAUCAGUUUGAACCAUACAUUCUACUCGAUGACUCGUACCGUACAACCAUUGACUUUGAGUGUAUGCGAUGUCAACUAUUACCUGGUAUUGGUAUGGACACCUAUGUCAAUCUAUCAUUUGCAGGCGUCGUUUCAAAUUAUGCUACUCAAUUUAUUGGGUACUUGCAACCGACUAUUUCUAACGUCGACGGUGCUAUCAACGUUGGUACUGAUGGUGGUGUCAAUGUAACUAUUACAGGUACCAACUUUGUACCAAAUGAGUUGGUUGUCGGAUACCUCGAUCCUGUAUCGGACGAGUAUGUUGACGGGUUGUUGGAGGGGUCUUCCAACUACACAUAUGUAUGGUUGGGUAACCAAACCACUAAAUUUGUGACAGUCAACUACUUCAACUCAACACAAAUUAUUGGUGUUGCACCACCUGGUAUUGGAAAAGAUAUACCUUUGGAUAUUGUAAUUGGAGCACAAAACUCAACCAACCACAUGCAAUCAAACAGCACUAAAUUUACCUUUUCCUAUGCUGCUCCCAAUAUAUCAUCGACUGAAAUGUCAAAGACUAGUGGAUCACUAGUCACUAUAACUGGUAUCAACUUUGUCCCAACAAAUGUAUCGGCUGGAGACUAUAGUAAUGUUAAAAUUAACCAAACCACCACCCCCUCCCUUUUAUUAUGUGACACUAUUAAUUGGAUAAAUUCAACUACAACAACAUGUCAAGUUAAACCUGGUAUUGGAGCCAAUUAUACUUUACAAGUGACUGUUGGUAAUCAAACUAAUCCAUCAAAUAAUACUAUCCUCUUCUCUUAUCAAAAACCAAGUAUUUCAAGUAUUGAAGGAGAAAGAAAUACAAAAGGAGGUGAUAAUUUUAGAAUUACAAUUAAAGGAGAUAAUUUUGUACCACAAGGUGUAUCACCUCGUAGUCAAGAUGAAUCAUACAUUAAAAUCAACGAUCAUCAGUGCACCAAUAUGGUAUGGGUUUCAAAUCAAAGAAUUGAAUGUUCACCACCAUCUGGUGUUGGAAAAGAUUUGACAUUUAUCUUAUAUGUUGGUAAUCAAACUACUGCAGCAGAUAAUCAAACUUAUUCUUAUGAUAUUCCAAAAGUAAAUAGUAUUACAAAAACUAAAGGUAGAAAUAGUAGAGAAAAUUCAGUUACUAUUGUAGGAAAGAAUUUUGGUCCUGAACCAACUGUAAAGAUUGGUGAUACUACUACUUGUACUGUACAAUCUACCAAUCAAGAUCACACUGAAAUCAUUUGCAAGACUGCCAUUACAACAUUGGAGAGUGAGGAGAUAGUAAAGGUUACAGCUGGUAACCAACAAUCAAACGAUACCAAUGUAACAUUUACAUUCUAUGGGCCACCCAAACUAGAUACUAUUAGUCCCGACCAAAUUAGUGUUAAUGGGGAAUCAGUCACUUUAAAUGGAAAGAAUUUAAAGGAAGAUGAUAGCGGUGAAACUAAAGUAUACAUGGAUGGUACACAAGUGACUAUUGUCACUCAAUCAACCGACGGUACAUCAGUGACUGUUACAGCACCUAGUGGAGGUGGUAUAAACAAACAGGUUUAUGUUGAUGUUGGAGGACAAGAGUCUAAUCGUUUGACAUACAAGUACCGUGACCCAAAUAUAUUUGGAGUUGCACCACCUGUCAUUACAUCUGACGCACCUUCAACCCAACUUACUUUAACAGGAUCUAAUCUUGGUCUAGCAACUGAUUUCCCAUCGGUGACUGUUGGUGGACAGACAUGCUCAGUGUCAUCGGCAUCAUCGUCCAGUGUAUCUUGUACGAUUGGACAAAUGGGACCUGGGUCAUAUGAAGUAUUAAACACCUUCCAUGGACAAACUGGUAGAUCUACAUUCACAGUUAAUCCAAAACAAACAGAACAACCCACCUCUGAACCAUCCACCACAUCUACUACUACACCAGCUACAACUGGUAUCAUUGUUAUUACAGCAGGAGGAGGAAACUCUAGCUCUGAGAACCCACCCGAUCAAGUGACAGAGGAAGAAGCAUCGGUUGAAGAAAUUAAAGAGACUAAAAUCAACCAAGAGACUUCAACCAUUACAAUCACUGCACUUUUAACUGUUACAACUACCUUUGCAUCGGGUGCUGUUGUGAUUGCUGGACCUAUCGUGACGGUCGCUCUGACACUUGCAAGUGGUGUAGCUGGUUUCUUACCAGGUGCUGCCAUUAGUAUUGUUGGUAUUGGUAUACAUGGUAUUCUGACACCUGCAACUGGUAUUAUUACAUCUACUAUUGUACUCAGCAUUAAUAUGCAGGAUAGUACUGGUAUGUGGAUACCAAUGACAUUGACAGGUGAGUUUGUUCGACCUAGAAUACCACCUGGUGGAGGUGAUGGAACUACUAAUGGAGGUAAUCCAGGAACUACCAAUGGUGGUUCGGGAACUACCAAUGGAGGCGGUGAUGGAACUACCAAUGGAGGCGGUGAUGGAACUACAAAUGGUGGUGGAGAAGAUGGUGGAGGUGAAGAUGGUGGAGGAGAUGAUGGUGGAGGUGAGGAUGGUGGAGCAACUGGAGGAACUGGAGUAAGUGGAACACAAACUACAUCAAUGACAACAGGGUCAACUGGACCUGUUAUUACAGCAAUCUCAGGUGUACUCUACUAUGACUAUAACCAAAACAAUGUACAUGAUCUUUUAGAACCUGUUCUAAGAGGUGUACUCAUUACAUUGGAGCAAUCUCCAACCUCUACAUUCUUUUACCAAACUACAACAAACUCUGAAGGAAAGUACAAUUUUAAUGUCCAAACUCGUGGAUCGUACGUACUUCGUGUUUUGGGUAGUACACCAGACCACAUCCUACCAAUCAACUCUCGUUCAUUCAUCCUUGAAGCAUCUACUAGAAUUGUUAAUAUUGACUUUUCUGCUAUUGCCAAGUCACCCAAUGGAUGUUAUGGUAGUUUGAAAUAUGGUAAUACAAAGAUCAACUUACAAUAUGGGUCUUUUAACUUGGCCAUUUAUAAUCCAGCCUUGUUCCCAACACCUACAUACUCGGAAGUACAUUUCCCAACCUAUUGUAAUGUUCAAACUGCUACAUCGAGUAAUGGUAAUCUAGUCAUCUCGUACGCCACAAACCUCGUUAUCUCUCCAUUCAUCGAUACCAAUAUGAAUGGUGCUCUCGAUACACUUGAACAAUUUACGUCAUUUGGUUUUUCAACCUCGGUCAAUGUAAACUUAAAGAUUACAGUUGUAUCUGUACUCCCUGGAGAAAGUAGAUCGAUUACAAAGGUUGCAUUUAUCACUCAACUACCAUACUCUACUAUUACAAUGGAUGUACCAGGUGACACUGUUAUUAGUGUGUCUGAUUUAUCAUCAACACCCGUCACCACAACCAUCUAUAAUAACAAAAAGAUUUCAGUUGCCGAGUCAACAAUGUACAUUGUACAAACCAUUUCUACUCCACUAGCAUUCCUCAAUGUGCCACCUUCACGUACUCUUUCUAUCAGUCAGUACCCUGCCCCUACUACCAACCCAUCGGCCGUUCUCUCGCUCACAUACGGUAAAUUUGGACCAUCCUACUUGAACAAUAUUGGAUGGCCAUCGACAUCUAUCACCAAAGCUGCUUUCUUACUUGGUGAACAUCAAUCUAUCGUAUUCACCAAUCCCGAUGACUCUGUACGAAUCUAUCAUCCAACUGGCACAGAGUAUACCAUAGUUUCAAAUAUUCAAUAUGGUUCAAUUGAAAUUUUAGAUCCUUUAUUAUUUGGAUCAAAUACUUAUCAAUCAAAUGGAGGAAAUGUUGUGAUAAAUCAAAUAUAUAGUUAUGCAGUACCAACAUUUACAUUGGAUGGUGUAGCAAUGUCUUGUACAUUGGUGAGUGGUGGUGCCAACACGAUGAAUUGUGUCAUCCCACCAUACACUAGUGGAAACUACACCAAACCAAUAACAAUGCAAUGGAAUGGUUUGAAUCUCUAUCCAUUUUAUACGAUUAGUUAUGUUAGUGACGGUUCUUCUUCAUCUACUUCUGCAACUUCAACUACUGGUACUGGAACACCAACAAGUGGUACAUCGACAGAAACCUCUGGGACUUCUGCAACCUCUGGAACUGGAACUGGAACAGAAACAACAGGAACUUCAACAAACUCUACCACUGGUAGCAACCCAUGUUCUAAUACAACUACUACAACAGAGGCCACUACAGGGGCUACGGCAACAGGGGCUACGACAACAACAACUACCACAGGAGGUAGCGGUACGAGCGGUACCACCUCGACCACUAGUAGUUCAAGUGGGGGUGGAACAACUGGUGGGGCAUGUAACUCAACCACCACAGACACCACUACAACAAACCCACCAACUACAAGUGGUACGUCAGGAACAACAAGUGGAACAUCAGGAACUACCGCCAGUGGAACCACAACAAUACCAUCAACAACUGGUACAACAACAGACCCAUCAACAGACUCGGGUCUCAGUACAACUACAAGUGGUACAUCAGGGACAACUACGGAUGGAACAUCAGGAACUACCACAAGUGGGACAACAACAAUACCAUCCACAACUGGCACAACAACCGACCCAUCAACCGACUCAGGUCUCAGUACAACUACAAGUGGUACAACGACAACUACGGAUGGAACAUCAGGAACUACCACCAGUGGAACCACAACAAUACCAUCCACAACUGGCACAACUACAGACCCAUCAACAGACUCAGGCCUCAGUACAACUACAACAACAACAAGUGGACCCACAACAAGCGGCACAUCAGGACCAACUACAAGUGGAACCACAACAAUACCAUCCACAACUGGCACAACAACCGACCCAUCUACAGAUUCAGGCCUCAGUACAACAACAGCAAGUGGUACAACUACAGAUGGAACAACUACAAGCGGUACAACAAUACCAUCAACAAGCGGUACAACAACAGACCCAUCAACCGAUUCAGGUCUCAGUACAACUACAAGUGUAACAACUACAAGUGGAGCAACAACAAUACCAUCAACAAGUGGUUCUUCACAAUAA